CGGACUCUGACGAGACGAGCGCAACUAGUUUGCGACUCACCUGACAGCCUACAAGACGAGACUGAUUAUCUUAACAACGUUUUUAGUAAGAACAAUUACAACACGGACUUUGUUAGACGGAACACUCACAGUAACACUGAUUCCAACUCUCAGACCAACUCUGGCCCUGUUACGACAGCGACUAUACCGUACAUCAGAGGCACCUCUGAAACUAUUGCACGUAUAUUACAACCUUACAUUAUACGUGUUGCGCACAAACCGAUAACCACUUUACGGCGACUGCUUACUAAUGUCAAGGACAAAGACAAACCGGAGGACAGACAGGGAGCAGUAUACAAGAUCAAAUGCUGCGACUGCCAGGCUUCUUACAUUGGUGAAACCGGCAGAAACCUAAGCACGCGACUGUCCGAACACAAACGCGCGACGAGGAAUGGUGACGUCAAUAAUCACAUUGCUGAGCACCAUUUAAAGACGAAACAUCAAAUUGACUGGGACUAUGCGACAUGUAUAACGUAUUCUACAGACUACUAUCAAAGUCUUACUUUAGAAAGCUGGUUUACUAACUUAGAAAAUAAGCCACUGAAUCGUAGCCAACAGUUACCAGCGCCGUACAAACGACUUAUUGACGAGAUCAAAGAAAACUAACUACGAGAGAACAACUGGAGAACUGACAAUUUGACUAACCAUAGACGACUGUUUAACUGUGACAAUAGACGGAUCGAAACGCACCAAUUACUGAUUACGAGUCUUCAUAGCCAAUAAUAUCACGGCUUAACUGACAGACGACCAAUAACAUCGCGACAUAAUUGACCAAUCAGAUCAAUAACCAAGUAUAAUACCAUCAACUGACGUGACACAACUCACUUUGACUCUGAAGAUGACUACCGCACAGGUUG